GGGAAAAUGCUAAAAUUGGACUUCCGGAAACUAAGCUAGCCAUUAUUCCUGGGGCCGGAGGGACACAACGAUUAGCACGAACGAUUGGAAUUGCAAAGGCAAAGGAAUUGAUUUAUACUGGUCGUAUUUUAAGUCCACAAGAAGCUUUAGAUAUUGAAGGAUCAUCAUAUCCGAUUGCGAUUAAAUUAGCCAGAGAGAUUUUGCCAAGUGGUCCUAUUGCCCUUCGAAUGGCAAAAUUGGCUAUUGAUCGUGGUAGUCAGUUAGAUUUAGAUUCAGCUCUAGAAUUUGAAAAUGCUUGUUAUGAACAAGUUAUUCCAACAGAAGAUAGGAUAGAAGGUUUAAAGGCUUUUAAAGAUAAAAGGCCUCCAAUCUACAAAGGGCGAUAA